UGCGCAAGCUUACAGCCACAUACGAUACUCUCUCUCGUUCGCUGUUCUCUCCCCAUCAAAAACCCUCACAGCCCAUACUCCUCUCUCUCUCUUCUAAAGAUUAUCCUCUUCUUUCUCUCAAACCCUAGAUUCCAUCUUUUAACUAUCAAUGACGGAAGAAGAGGUUGUGGCACCGUCUGCGAGCCCCAUUCCGUCAGAUCACAAGCGCAAGCACGAGGAAUUGGAGACAGAAGCCCCGGAGCACGCCGGCAACCAAGCGAAUUCCAAUGCGGAGCCCGAUGAGGUUGAGGAACCCAAAGAUGCGUUGUCAUCUGAUUCUUUGGAGGCGAAGCGACCAAGGCUCGACGGCCAACCGGAUGGUCCAGCUAAUGCAAACGGAUUUGAAGAAGAAAAGUUGCCAGAGCCUGAAAAAGAAGUGGAGGAUGAACCCAAGGAGAUACGUGAUGGAACUGAACAGGAAAAGGCUGGUGAAGCUCCACUGGAACAAGUGCAAGAAACUGCAGAAAACAAGGAAGUUGAUGUCAAGACAGAUGAAACUGUUGAACCUCCUUCAGAUAAUCACUUAACAGGAGAUAACGAACAAACUUCUGUUGAAAAUAACUGUGAGACUGAGAAUGCUCAGGAACCCACUAAUUAUGAUACGAAGAUAACAAAUGAUGAAGAGAUCGAUGAGACCCAAACUACCACACGCAAGAUAGAGGUCCCAAGUUCAAAGGUUGGGGUUCUUAUUGGAAAAGGUGGUGAUACUAUAAGAUACCUGCAGUACAAUUCAGGUGCUAAAAUCCAAAUUACUAGGGAUGCUGAUGCUGAUCCAAGUUCUGUGACAAGACCUGUGGAAAUAAUAGGGACUUUGUCUAGUAUAGAGAAGGCCGAGAAACUGAUAACUGCUGUCAUAGCAGAGGCCGAUGCUGGAGGUUCCCCGUCUCUUGUAGCUAGGGGUCUUCCUACAACACAGGCUGCUGGAGCUGCUGACAGUAUUGAAAUACAAGUUCCAAAUGAGAAGGUUGGUCUUAUUAUUGGCCGAGGUGGGGAGAAUAUUAAAAGUAUGCAGACAAAAUCAGGGGCACGUAUCCAGGUAUUGAUACCUCAACAUCUCCCAGAAGGGGAUGGUUCUAAAGAAAGAACUGUACGGGUGACUGGUGAUAAGAGACAAAUAGAGAUGGCUAGAGAAAUGAUAAUGGAUGUUAUGAAUCAGACCGUAAGGCCAUCUCUUUCCAGCAAUGUUAAGCAGCAGGCUUACCGACCACGUGGACCCACGGGCCCACCUCAGUGGGGUCCAAGGGGUCCUCAUCCAUCGCAGUCAAUGGGAUAUGAUUACCAACAACGAGGGCCUUAUCCAUCUCAAAUGCCAAACUAUCAACAUCCUGGUUAUGGGAGCUAUCCGCAGCAGAUGCCUCCAAGAAGUAGCUUUGGUUCUGGUUGGGAGCAAAGGCCACAUCCAAGCAUGCAAGGGCCCCCUCCACAUAGUGCUGGUUAUGAUUAUUAUGGAGGGCAAGGAGGUCAUGCAGUAUCUGCUCCACUUUCUACUUCCAUUUCAGGGCCAUUACCUUCCCCAGCAAUGGUUCCACCCCAUCACCAGGCUAAUUACAAUUAUGGGCAACCACAAGGUCAGGAAUAUGGGCAUCCUGGUCCUUAUGCCCAGACAGCUCCUCAGCAGAACUAUGGACAUAUGUAUGAAGAGCCUAAAUAUGAAAAUCAUGGUGCAGUGCAGCAACCUUAUGGAGGACAUGGAGGUUCUCAGCAAUACCCCCAGGCUGGUGGUCAUCCAGGAUACCCCCCACAACAGCAGUAUGGUAAGCCAACUUAUGGAAUGCAGGGACCGCCGGUGCAAAAUUAUGGCCCUCCUAGAGCUAGUCAACCUGGGGAUAUUCCUUAUCAAGGACCUGUUCCAUCAAGUCAAUCAUAUGGCCCAAAUGUCGCCCCUCAACAGCAAUACCCAUAUGCAUCUGGUGGACCUAUGCAGCCAACUUAUCCAUAUGGCUCUGUACCACAGUCUGAUGGCUACAGUCAGCCACCACCUGCAACUGGUCAAGGUUAUCCCCAGCAAGGUAGCCAGCAUGUUCCUAGUUACGGCCAGGCUGGUGGACAGCAGGCAGGUUAUGGACAAGUAGGUCCUACUGGUGGAUAUGUUUCCUACCCAUCUCAACAAGGUUACCCUGAGCAGGCAGCAGCUCAAAAUAGUGGAAGUUAUGCCUACCAAGGUACUCAAGAUCCUAAUUAUGGCAGUGGCACUGUUGCAGCCUAUAGUGCACCAGCUAGUGGGCAACAACAAGGCUAUGCCCAAGCAACUCCAGCUCAACCGAGCUAUGAUCAGUCUGCACAGCAAUCAGGUUAUGGAGGUACUCCUGGCAGUGCACCAGCAAGUUAUGGCAAAAAUUUGUCCCCCCAACCCGGCUAUGCUCAGUAUGAUUCAAGCCAGAUUUACGCAGCCGCCCCUCGCUGAAAAUUUUGCUCUAGUUAGUAGGUAAAUUUGGACUGCCUUUAAGCUAGUGUAUUGUUGUAUUAGCUUCAGCUUUUUAGGUCCAGAUAGCUUACUGUUGACAGAUCUUCUAUUCUAUGGUUACCUUACAAAUGUUCUGUUUCUAUUGAAUGCUACUAAUUAGUAAAUGCAGGAGCCUGAUUUAUUUUGGAUGUUCUUGUUUGUGCUAACGGGCACAUGAAAAAGUUGUGUAUAUUUGGGCCCUGUAUAUGAGUGAGCUAAAUACUGAGGUUUGAAGUUAGGAAACAACAGUGCCAGGGAUUGUUUUGUUUCUGUGAUUUGAAACACCCGAUUGAAUACUUAAAUCGCAGAAAAUUAAGGUUUA